GUGGUGAACUGGGUGACGUGAAAAACUAAGUAGAUUUUUAAAGUUUAACAUGUAAGAUACAAGUAUAAAUCGGUUAACAAAUCUUGUGCUACUGAAAAAGAAAAGAAAAGUAAACAGCUCAGUAUUUCAAAAUAUAUUAUAAUGCUCUAUCUACGAAAAAGGAUUUGGAACUUGUUGUUCAUUUUUGUUAGAUAGGUAUUAGCAGUGAAAGGGUUAACUCAAAAGCAAAAGUCAAAAAGUUAUCUUUAUAAUCGUCGUUGUUUUUUGUCAUCACGUUGAUUUUGAUUUCCCGUGGUUGUCCGGGUUCAGCAGUUCGUAGAAGCGGUCACAUUUUAUUGAUAAAAUAUAUAAUCUAUAGUGAAAAUGGAAGAGAGCGGUGAUUUAUUUACGACCCGCAUGAGGAAGGCGACCAGAAAAAUACACAAUAUUAGUGAUGCCUUGGUGAACGCGAAGUUCGCUCUUUCAUUAAGAGAUGAAGAAGUAUGGGGUGGCGGUCUGUUCAUAUUCUACCAUGUAUUUGGUUUCCUUGAGGAUGCUAAAGCCAGGCUGAAUAUACCAGACUUUGAUAAGCUGUUUGUCAAUAAAGUUUUAUACAGAAAGAAAGCUUUCGAAGAUGACCUAACACAUUACUUGGGUGAGAACUGGAGGUCUAUACCAAAAGCGAUGGCUCUAGAGAACUACAUAGAACACCUACAAGAGCUGGAGAGGUCUAACCCUAGGUUAUUGAUGGCAUAUGUCUAUCACUUGUACUUGGGGCUUCUCAGUGGUGGACAGAUUCUGGCCAAGAAACGGAAGAUGUUUGGCGAUGAAAACGCCAAAACGGAAUUAUACAUAGACAAAGUAACAGACUUCUCUGGGACAGACAUCUCUCAAUUAAAAAAAGAUUUCAGACAAGCCAUGAAUGAGAUAGCAGAAAAAAUGUCUGAGGAGGAAAAGGAAGCGUUCAUUGAGGAGAGUAAUCAAGUGUUUGUAAUGAAUAAUUUGAUCGUUAAUUCCGUUGGGGGACAGAACAAAGUUCUUUAUAAUCUGUUGUAUAAAUUCUCAGCUGUUGUACUCGUUGUAGCUGGCGUUGUUACAGCUUAUAAAAUGUAUAAAUGAACUGUGCCAAAGAUUAAAAAAAAUAUAUAUAAGAAGCUAUAAAAAUACCUGCUAUGGCUCAAUACUAUCUUCCAUGGCAGCCGUAGCAGAUAAUUUUAUAGGAUCUUAUAUAGUGUAACAAUGAGGGUUACCAAGCCUGAUCUUGCUAAUUGCAGUGCAAUGAGAACUAAGGUUUCUUCUCAAACUCCAAUUUAUAAUAACAGAUACAAUAUAUCGAUUUUAUCAGUGACAAUGAUUGGUCAAUGUGAACCUUAAACGACAAAACAAAGAACGAAAAACAUUCAUUUCACACAAACGACGCAAAAACAACAACAACAACAACAACAACACAAUAAUAAGGACGAAAUAAACAUAGAAAAUACGCUGAAUUUGCGUCUCCUUGUGUCAAACGUUAACGCCAUCUAGUACACAGAAAUGGUAACUCUCAUUAUGAUAAAUUACGUACUUUCAGUUUUGUUGUUAUAGCG